CUUGUUUUGGCAGAAAGCUCACACUCAGAUGGAGGAUCUCAGAGCACAGAAAGCCGCACAGAACUUCCUGUACCCAUCGAGAGAACAGGGGGCAUCGGAGACUCACGGCCACCAUCCUUCCAGUAAGAAUCCUUGUGUGGCUGAAUUGUGCAAUUAAGAUAUUGUGAUGCCUAAUUAAAAUGCUCAUUUUAUAACUAUUUAUCACUUAAACACAACUGAUUCUUUUUAAUGAAAAUUACCCUGUAGGUAUUGAAUGCAUCAUUUAUCAUAGAGAAUGAUACAUUCAGUAUAUAAUAUUUCAAUAAGAACAUUACUUUCCUUUAGUGCCCUGCCAUCAUGUCCUCAACUCAGCGGGUGUUACAAUACUGCGACAGCUACCUCCUGUCCUACCCAUGCUCAGCUUUCAUUACUUUGCUGAUAUCUGAAUGGAAUAACAUCAGUAAUGCCGUUUCUGUACUCCCUAGCCAGCGAUAAAAGUGUCCGAUAAACUAUGAUAGCUAUGAUUAGAGAGCAGGACGUCUCUCCUGCCAGUCAUUUAUUUUCGGCAUAGAGGUCUAUGUUGAAGAAUUGAGUGACAGGAAGUAGGAAGGCCUGUUUUUACAUUGAUUUUUCUUUCUCACAAUCUAUAUAUAAGCUAGCAAUUCUGGUAGCACAAUGUAUACAUGGAAUUUAACCCCUUAGUGACCAGACCGCUUUUCAAUUUUCUUACCAGGGCUGUUUGGGACCAGGGCUGUUUUUACAUUCCUGCGUUGUUUGUGUUUAGCUGUAAUUUUGCUCUUACUCAUUUACUGUACCCACACAUAUUAUAUACCGUUUUUCUUUCUAAUAAUACCAUUAUUUUCAUCAUAUCAUAUAAUUUACUAUAAAAAAAAUAAAUAAAAUAUGAUGAAAAAAAACAAGAAAAAAAAUAGUUUCUAAAUUUUGCCCUGAGUGUAGAAAUACCGAAUGUUAACAUAUUCUUAGCUUUUUUUGGAAAGUUGUAGGGCUAUAAGUACAAGUAGCACUUUGCUAUUUCCAAACCAUUUUUUUUUUAUAUCUGUCAGGAAUCCCUGAAUAACCCUCCACAUGUAUAUAUUUUUUUAAAAGAAGACAACCUAUGGUAUUAAACUUGGGGUAUUUCGACUCUUUUUAUGCAACCAUUUUACCACCAAUCUAUGCCAAAUUUAAAUUUAUUUUUUAAAAAUUGGUGAUUUUUUUUUGCACACAUAGCAAUUUAAGAAUACAUGUACUGAGAACUACAUGUACUGAGAACUUUAAGGGUUACUUCCAAAGAACACCCCAAUAUGUGUUCAGCAACAUCUCCUGAGUACAGUGAUACCACCCAUGUAUAGGUGUGUUGGGUUCUCUGGGGGUGAAACGACCUUAUUUGGAGGUUGCGCACUCCAGUAUUCCAACUUGGAAUGCCCCCCAUGUAAUUUACCCCCAUAAAACUAUAUCUUUUUUUAAAGUAGACAACCCAGGGUAUUCAAUAUGGGGUAUGUGCAGUCUUUUUUAGUAGCCACUUAGUCACAAACACUGGCCAAAGUUAGCAUUUAUAUUUGUUUCUGUGUUAAAAAUGCAAAAAAAAUAAAAAAUAUAUGGUUUUACGGAGGUAAAUUACAUGGGGGGUAUUCCAAGUUGGAAUACUGGAGUUUUGCAAAUGGUAUGCCAUCAUGGGGAUAAUUCUCAUUCCUGGGCUACCAUACGCUCUCAAAGGCAACAUAACUAAUCUGGCAAAUUUCAAUGUGAAAAAAACAGUCCUUGUAUUUGACCCUGUAACAUUCAAAAACACUAUAAAACCUGUACAUGAGGGGUACUGUUAUACUCGGGAGACUUCGCAGAACACAAAUAUUAGGGUUUUAAAACCGUAAAACGUAUCACAACAAUUAUAUAACCAGUGAAAAUGGUGUUUGUGUGUGAAAAAUGCAAACAACGUCACUUUCACUGACAAUAUCAUCGCUGUGAUAUGUUUUACUGUUUUGAAACACUAAUAUUUGUUUUCAGCGAAGUCUACCGAGUAAAACAGUACCCCCCCAUGAACAGGUUUAAGGGUGUCUUGGAAAGUUACAGGGUUAAAUAUAGUGCUAGCAAAUUAAAUUCUCUGAACUUUUAGCCUGGGUUGUCAGGCAGGUCCCCCAAAUUGCAAUCACUAAAAUGACUUAAUUAUGUAAAAAUAUUACAUAUAUAUGCACGUAGAAUUCAAAUUUAUAUACAUAUUUAUAUUUUUGAAGGCUACGUGUAUAUUUAUGAAAUCAUUUAUGUAUAUGGAUAUAUGUAUAUUUCGUAUUAUUUUUAUAUAUACAUAGAUAUAUCUAAUUACAUAGAUAUAUAUAAUUUCAAGUGUAUUUUGAUAGAAAUAUAUAUAUGUAUAUUAAUAUCAAAUACAGUAAGACUAAAAUUAUAUAUAUAUAUAUAUAUAUAUAUAUAUAUAAUUAAAACAUUUAAAAAAAAAUAUUUAUUUUUAAUUAAUUAUUAUUUAUUAUAAUUAUACAUAUAUUAUGGAAAAUUGUUUCAUACUUACCAUAAUUUUCUUUUUCUGAUCAUUAUUCAUGGCAGCAUUUACACAUGGAUUAGCUCCUCCCCUUACAGCAGAAAGGACAGGAAAUAGAACUCUGAAACUGGUAUAAAUAGACCCUGCCCCUUCCCAUCAGGCAGUCUUUGUAACUAGCUUCACAACUCCUAUAGUAUAUGGGUGGGAACAUAAUGCUGCCAUGAAUAAUUAUCAGGAAAAGACAAUUAUGGUAACUAUGAAACAAUUUUCCACUUUCCUGACCAUUAUUCAUGACAGCAUUUACUCAUUGGGAGUACCCAAGCAGUAUAUAUCGAGGGAGGGACAGAGUUCAAAAACAGCUAAUAGCUAUAAAACCAUUAUUGAGCUGUAUAAAUCUUAGAAGACUUUACAAAGCCAAACAAGAAUCAAUAGGAUAUUGACAUAAAAUCUGCUCAGACAAGAUCAUUUUUCCUAGAGGCUGCAAGGUCAGCAACCUCCUGGCAUUCAAUAUCUGAAAUAUCCUGAAUAAAUAUAGAGAGCCAGAUAGGAAUUAAGGCCAUGAUAGCAUAAGCUAGAGAAGAAAAAUGUCAUUCUGAUAUAAAAUUUAAAACAAAAUUGAUAUCAUCAAAUCAGAACCUUGACAAAGGCAUAACUUCCAGAGAUCAUACUGGAACAAGCGGAUAAUGUUGGAUGAGAACGGACACACCAUGCUAUUAAACACAGGGAGAAUUACACUGAGAAUCCUACUACUUACUGGAUGUAUUUAUUAAAUACGAUUCACACCGCUUCCUCUUGCCUAGUGAACUACUUACCUGAAGAUACAGGAACAAAUCAAUAUCUAUCUGCCUGUCAGAAAGAGGCAGAGCCUAGUAGAGAAAUAAGAUUCUGUUAUUAAAACACUGCAACAAUGAUCCGAUGUUGCUAAAUUCAGAUUCACAACAAUACCUCACCCAGUGGAUGAAUUGAUACAGCAAUGAUCAGUCACAGGAGAGGAAUAAACUAAUAACAUUACUAGGCAAAGGCAAGAAGAAUCAUAUACAGAUUAGUUGAGGAAAAAAAGAAAUAUCGGUAUGAACCAUAGAAUUUGUGGCAACUACUAAAUUAUAAGGAGGCCAACCACGUCAGUACCUACAUUUAAAGAUAAACAUAUUGUAAAUAGUACAGAUUAUGCCAAACAGUAUAAUCAAAUUUAUUAGAGACUGAUGUGCAACAUAAGUAAGAUAUAUAUAUAUAUAUAAUAGGCAAGAUACUGAUGGGAAGGUGGUAACCAGAGGCACAUUAUACAUUGUGGCAACAGACACAUAAUAAGCAGGAUAGUAGAAGAUAUUCAGUUAUCCUUAUGAGAACAACAAACGCAUACUUACUCUUACCUUAUCUUCAGAUAGUGAAGAAGUACUUAUGGCAGAGCCUAUGGUGAUAAUAAGCAGCUUGUUAUAUCUGCAAGAUAUCGACACCAAUCCAAGCAUAUAAUCAAUGCAAUGUUAGGAGUGACCAUAACUUAUACAGAUCUAGGUACUGAGACCAUAUAAAACAUAUCCAUUAAAUGUUUGUCAACAAGCUGCAUUACAUUAUAUUAUAUUAUGCAGCAUGAAUCAACCAUUUAAAGCCACACAUUGGUUGCAAAUUCCAGAUAUAAGGACACCUAGAAGAAUCCCCAUGAAUAUCAGAAGAGAUGUCCGUAAUGGAACUACCUGUUUAGGGAUUUCCUCUAUUCAGGCAGCAGGUGAAUUUUACCUGAAAUAUAUAUACUGAGGCUGUGUUUUCACAGCGACUCAGAGCAUAUAAAGAAUACACACUGAGGCAGCGUCUCCAGAUCAACUCAUACACAGACAAUAUAGUGGAUAUAUAUACUGAGGCAGAGUCCUCAUUGUAACUCAUACAUACAGCAUAUAGUGGGUACAUGUACUGAGGCUGUGUCCUCAUAGUAACUCAUACAUAGAGCAUAUAGUGGGUACAUAUACUGAGGCUGUGUCUUCACAGUAACUCAUACAUAGAGCAUAUAGUGGAUACAUAUACUAAGGCCGUGUCCUCAUAGUAACUCAUACAUAGAGCAUAUAGUGGGUACAUAUACUAAGGCUGUGUCCUCAUAGUAACUCAUACAUAUAGCAUAUAGUGGGUACAUAUACUAAGGCUGUGUCCUCAUAGUAACUCAUACAUAGAGCAUAUAGUGGGUACAUGUACUGAGGCUGUGUCCUCAUAGUAACUCAUACAUAGAGCAUAUAGUGGGUACAUAUACUAAGGCUGUGUCCUCAUAGUAACUCAUACAUAGAGCAUAUAGUGGGUACAUAUACUAAGGCUGUGUCCUCAUAGUAACUCAUACAUAGAGCAUAUAGUGGGUACAUGUACUGAGGCUGUGUCCUCAUAGUAACUCAUACAUAGAGCAUAUAGUGGGUACAUAUACUAAGGCUGUGUCCUCAUAGUAACUCAUACAAAGAGCAUAUAGUGGGUACAUAUACUAAGGCUGUGUCCUCAUAGUAACUCAUACAUAGAGCAUAUAGUGGAUACAUAUACUAAGGCUGUGUCCUCAUAAUAACUCCUAUAGAGAGCAUAUAGAGGAUACUUAUACUGAGGCGAUGUCCUCACAGUAACUCUUACAUAGAGCAUAUAGUGGAUAUAGAUAUAGAUAUAUAUAUAUAUAGAUAUAUAUAUAUCUAUACUGAGGCCGUGUCCUCAUAGUAACUUAUACCAAGAGCAUAUAGUGGGUAAAUCUACUGAGGCCGUGUCCUCAUAGUAACUCAUACAUAGAGCAUAUAGUGGAUAUAUAUAUACUGAGGCUGUGUCCUCAUAGUAACUCAUACAUAGAGCAUAUAGUGGAUAUAUAUAUACUGAGGCUGUGUCCUCAUAGUAACUCAUACAUAGAGCAUAUAGUGGAUAUAUAUAUACUGAGGCCGUGUCCUCAUAGUAACUCAUACAUAGAGCAUAUAGUGGAUCUAUAUAUACUGAGGCUGUGUCCUCAUAGUAACUCAUACAUAGAGAAUAUACUGGACACACACUGAAACUCCAUACCAAUUUAUACAUUAGAGCAUAUAGUGGAAACAUACCGAUGCUGUACCACCACCAGUUUAUGUACAGAAACUGAGGCCCAGUGGUCUCCUGUGCAGUAUAUUCUUCCAUUGUCUGUAAAAGCCUGCUUAUUUGUGAUAAUGUACAGAUAACAGCAAUCAAUGCCACAUACCUUGAUAGAAACAAGUGUGUGUGUGGACUUAGAGUUAGGUUUUUAAAACAUGUCAUAAAUAUGUGUGUACUUCAAUCAGACACCCAAGAAAGUUCUCUUAACUUGGAUAUUUCUCUGUAUUCAGGCUGUGGAAUUCCAGCAGACUUCAUAAAGCCAGGAUAUCCAUUAUUAGCACUCUUUUCACAAUGCCUCCUUGCUUUAUCAGCACUCUUUUUGCAUUAUCAGCACUACUUUUCCCAAUGCAUACUUGUAUUAUCAGCACUCUUUUGCACCAAACAUCCUGGUUACCUAAAUGCUCACCACACAAAUCUCCUAAAUGUGACCUAUUUGUUAGAAGGAAGCCUAAUGUAAGCAGCUGGGAGGGACUGAAAGAACAGAGACCCAGGUGCCUAUACUAGUUUUAAUCUAAAUUACUAAUGCACUUACCUGAACCGUUGCAGGCCUGUGUUUCAGCGGCAAAAUGGGGAUUUGAACAACUGACAGCCUAAACUGCUUAAACUAUAGGCUUCCAUCUGUACCCCAUAUGCCAUUCAUCAACACCAUACAAGGUGGAAUACAUAGAAUAGGUAUACCCCAGUAGUCACAACUCUGUUGGGCCUCAUGUAUGCAGUGUACCGAUGUCAUCCCCUCAGGGAGAGACAUAGGUUAGACUCGUGAUUGCUGAAGGAGGUACCCAGGCUGGCAACUCUUACACAUGUGCUGUUUGCUGGGUCUUCAGGGACAAGGGCUUAGACUCAACUGGGCCUCAUGUAUGCAGUGGACUACUUUCAUCACUUCCGAGAGAGAUAGGACAGACCCCUGGUUGCUGAAGUAGGAACCCAGGCUGGCAACUCUUACCGAUAUGCUUAUCACAUUCAUUCCCUGAGGGGGUAACCAAGCUGGCCUGUUGCUGGGUCUUCAGGGGUAAGAGGCUGAACCCUGGCCUGACUUCAUGUAGGCAGUAUAUCACAUUCAUUCCCUGAGGGGGUAACCAAGCUGGCCUGUUGCUGGGUCUUCAGGGAUAAGAGGCUGAACCCUGGCCUGACUUCAUGUAGGCAGUAUAUCACAUUCAUUCCCUGAGGGGGUAACCAAGCUGGCCUGUUGCUGGGUCUUCAGGGGUAAGAGGCUGAACCCUGGCCUGACUUCAUGUAGGCAGUAUAUCACAUUCAUUCCCUGAGGGAGUAACCAAGCUGGCCUGUUGCUGGGUCUUCAGGGAUAAAGGCUUAGACUCGGCUGGGCCUCAUGUAUGCAGUGGACCGCUGUCAUCACUUCAGAGAGAGAGAGAUAGGUCAGACUCCUGAUUGCUGAAGGCGGUACCCAGGCUGGCAACUUUUACAGAUGUGCUGUUUGCUGGGUCUUCAGGGGUAAGAGGCUGAACCCUGGCCUGGCUUCAUGUAGGCAGUAUAUCACAUGCAUCCCCUGAGGGGGUACCCAAGCUGGCCUGUUGCUGAGUCUUCAGGGAUAAGAGGCUGAACCCUGGCAUGCAGUGGACCAUUUUCAUCCCUUUCAGGGAGAGGUUGGGUCCGACCCCCGGUCACCCAGGCUAGCCACCUCAUCUUAGUGCGUUUUGCUGGGUCUUCAGGGCUUAGAGGCUGAACCCCAGCAGGGCCUAAAAAAAUAUUGCCUGGUGAGCAUAAAAGAAAAAAUCUAGGCCUGCUUAAGCAGACUCCUUCCAAACCGCUGUGCAGGACAGGAAAAAAGACUGCCUGAUGGGAAGGGGGAGGAUCUAUUUAUACCAGUUUCAGAGUUCUAUUUCCUGUGCUUUCUACUGUAAGGGGAGGAGCUAACCCAUGAGUAAAUGCUGCCAUGAAUAAUUAUCAGGAAACAUAUAAAUAUAUACACGUGUGUAAUUUCUUAAAAUUUAUAUUUGUAUAUAUUAAUAAAAAACACACUAAGUAUGACGUUAUAUAUAAGAUAUAUAUAUAUAUAGAUAUAAGAUAUAUAUAUAUAUAUAUAUAUAUAUAUAUAUCUCAUAUAUACAUAUAUUUUUAAUUUAUUAACUUUAUGAAUUUUUUUGUUUUUACUUUUUUCACCAGCAAGGGGACUGCCUGUCAGUUCAGGCAAUCCCCCUGCUGGCAGCACUGUGGACACCUGUUGCGGCCAUGUGACCACUCUUUCAGAGCGGUCACAUGGCCCUGGGAGUCCUAAUUUGCAGAGGGGGGACUGCCUGGGCUGUCAGACAGUCCACCAAGUGGAGCAGUAGACCGAUCGCUGGCGGGGGAACGGCGGCGAUUGGGUAAGUACAUGGGAGAGGGAGGGAGUGAAGGGGUUAAUUUUUAUUUUAUUUUUUAUUUACUUAUUUCUGCACUCAGCACGGCCAGAGCAUCGGAAGCCUGCUUGAUGGCUUUCGAUGCUCUGUACUACACUGCCGGGAGCCACGUGGAGCAACCUGGAAGUGAUCGCUCCAGGGUGUUCUCAGGUGGCCUGGCAUUGAGAGGGGGUAUUGCACAAUGCAUCGCCAUCAGGUAUGUCCGCGUUCCUUAAGGUCCGUUUUUGUCGGACGUACCUGAUAUGUCAGAGGUCGCGAUGGGGUUAAUGUUCUAUUAAACUCACUCUAGUUGUAUGUACCUUGACAGAUACACUUUAAGUUAAAGGCACACUAUAGUCAUCAGAACAACUUCAGCUUAAUGUAGCAAUUAUGGUGUCUAUAGCCUGUCCCUGCAGGGUUUUCAAUGUAAAUGUUGCCUUUUCAAAGAAAAGGCAGGUGUUUACAUUACUGCAUUGUAAUACCUCCAGUGGCCAUCACUCAGACUGCCACUAGAGGUGCUUCCUGGGUAAGUGCUGCACAAUAUGCAGCACUGACAUUCAGCAUCUUCAUGCUCUGCGUGAGGGCACUUAACGUUCCCCGUAGUAAUGAAUUGAUUCAGUGCAUCUCUAUGAGGAGAUGCUGAUUGGCACAGCGCAGUGUUUUGCCGUGCAUGUGCAAUAGUCUCCCAAUGCUUUCCUUUGGGAAAGCACUGGAUUGGCUGAGAUCAUCAAGUUCAUCUGGAAAAAGGUGUGUAAAAUACCUUUUUGAAAGGGGACAAGUGGGGUUGAUCACCUGAAUGGCUACUAAGACCUACAGUGUCAAGAAUACAUGUUUCUAUUUCUGACAGUUCCUUUAAGUUACACAGGAUUAUAUGAAAAGUUGUCUAUAUAUUUUCACCUCUUAAUGACUGAAGAUUUUUAUAAAUCCUGCAAAAACAUGCAAAACAAAGAGGAGCGCUGUGAAUAAUAUUUCUGUAUAUACACCUGUAAAUCAAUGACUGUAUAAUUGUGGCUCAUAUGUCCACGCAAAAGAAAAAUAAAUAAAACAGUAUGAAGUGUAGUACGGUUUUAUGAAAUAUGGUGCUAUCGAUAUAGUAGAUUUGCAUCCACAUGCAUCAGGGUGACAUAAAACAUAAAACUGUUUAAAGCAAUACCCAGCUCUCUUCAGUAUUGGGCAGCACAGGAUACACUUCUUCUCUAAUUUGACUGCAUACACACGUGUAACCGAUAUGUAUGUACAGUCUAAUAAGGCUACAAAUAUACACCAAGAAGAAAUAACUAAAAUAACACUAUUUUCUUCAGACAAUGGGUGUAUUCCUCUUUUUGUCCAGCGUGUACUUUCCGUGUGUGGCUUCUCAUUGGGUGCCCUUGUGUCCAAAUCAUGACUAGUGAAUCAUACACUUCUCAGUGAGCUGUAUUGCAACUUUAUUGCUAACAUCUCUGAGAACACAAAAGCCACUAGAGCCACUUAUAUCAAAGAAGGACUUCACUUUUGGUAUCGGCUCACACAGCAUGUUAAAUCACCUCGAUUGGCAGAUUACAGCGAUUGCCGCAACAUGUUAUGUGUCUUUGAUGUUUCUCCGUAAGAGGUAUCUAAUUAAAAUAAAAGUAAUCAUAAUUGAAGACUUUGCUGACGGAAGACCAGCUGUGGGAGGAGAUUGUCCCGGUUCUAGAAUAAGGGUAAGUUCUAUGGAUUUUUAAAAUAUUUUAAGAAAAUAAGGGUCCUUAUUGUCUAAGUAUAGAUAGAGCAUAUCUUGUUUAAAAAAAAUAAAAUGGUAUUCUAAUAGAACAAACCGAAUUAGAAAAUAUUCGACUGUUCCUGGCAUGUUGAUUCUCAUUGGGUACGUAUAGGCUUUGUUAUUAUUGACAAUUAAUCUGACUGCUGGAAUUCCAAUGAACAGAUGUAUAACACUCUAAUUGAUAUCACUAAUCACUAAUGUGAAAAGUUCAAGUUAGAACUAUGUUUGUGUACCACUAGGUUGUGCUGUUGCAAGUGUAAUCUUUUUGCAAAUGCAAAUCCCCCCAAAAUGGAGCAAGUUAGGAUUUCCAAAAUCUCAGUACGUGUAUGGAUACGUGGAUGGCAGUUCAGAGAAGCUUAGUUUCAAUGGCAUCACUUGAUAUUUGUAAUUAUCUAUUAACGUUUGAAAAUAUAAAAUGCAUAAGACUGAGAUCAAUGUAAUUCUUAAAGCGGCAAUGUCACUGUCUAGGGACUUUGCAGAAUUUCUAAAGACCCCUGAUGGUGACAUCGCCGAUGGGGGUCUGCUGUCAGGGGAAAGCAGAGGGUCCACUUCAGCGCCAGUAGCCAGGGUCACUGCUGUGCUCUUAUGUACAGCAAUGAGGUUUAUUGAGGAUCCCUUAAGACUGCCGAAUCCUCCAUAGAUAAAGCCAUCACUGGCUAUGGUUUGGGGGAUUGACAGUGUCUAGAAGUGUCAGACUUAGGAGAAUACUGAUACAAAGUAGUCCUUACUUUGUCUCAGUAUAUCUCUUGACUGCGUUGGAAUUUCAGUGAAAUUCCAACACAGUUAAUAUGAGUAUUUAAUAAAGAUUAUAUGUCUAUGAAAUACUAAUUGCUCAGGGGUGGGGUGACAGUGUUGCUUUAAAACAAGCACUCUUGGAACCACAUUGUUUUCAUUAAUGCAAGUGUACAAUAAACUGCACUGUGUGUAAAUGGGUUAUUGAAACACUAUUUGGUGUCAUGCCUAGGGGUCCCAUGAAACUUUAAAUGGACACAACAAUCACCAGACCUACAUCAAAUGUAGUGGUUAUGGUGCUAUGGCAUUGGAUGCAAUGCCAAACUGGGGAACAUUUGGUACUGUCAAAAACUGUACAUCUGAACUAAAGUUGGAGAUGUCAUAAUAAAUAUUUUUCACAUGACGGUCUCACUAUCUGUCCAAAUAUACAUGUAUAGUGUGAGUACAUUUCCAUAACACUUUCUCGGUGGUGAAUUGCUUUUAACCCUUUAGGCAUUGCAGACUUGACACAGAGUCAGUGUCACUGAGCAGAUUUGUUACAGCUUUUAACACAUUGUUCACAGAAUGUCUUAGCACAAAUAUUUGGAUGAAUUAUUAGGAAGCUAAGGGGUUACUCCAGCUUCCAUGAUCACUUCUGCUUUUGGAAGUGGUCGUGGGGCAAGCAGUCUGUACAGAGAAAUUGUGUCGGGGUCCAGCUGCACACCCAGCACUUGUGAUUUAGGCAGCUCAGAACUUUGUUCCAGACAGCCUAAUGGUAGUUCUGUGCAAAAUGUAAGUCUGCUAUCAGCAGGCACUGUGCGCUGGCACUGUAGAAAUUAGUUUCUUUACUGGCAGACAGUACUGUGAACACACCAUUAAAUAGAAGCCACUUGGACUGUGUGCACGGAUUGUGCAUGAGCAGUCUAAUCAUGUGCCAUAAUAAUAAAUCUCCCUCCCUAAUGACAGCCCUCUCUCACACCACUCUUCCCUAGUUCCGCCUUCCUCCCUAAUUUCACAUUCCUUUUAUUUUUUUUUAUCAUUCUUUGUGUCCUUUUCAUUUGUAUUUUUUAAACCGCAACAAGGAUAAAAAUUAAGCAGCAUGUCAAAUACAAAGCUAUAUUGGAGAACUUGGCCCGGUGCUGGUUUCUAGAGCCAUAGUAAUUUUAAUGGUAAUUCAAUAAAAAAAAAACAGGGGAGACCUAUAGAUAGCUGUAGAUUAGCACUAUUACAAUGACAAUAAAUGGAAUUUACAAAAUAACUGAAAUAAUGCUUUAAACUUCUUCAUUAUUUAAUCCCUGGCAGGGGGCGUUGCAUUUAGGAUGUAGGGGAACUUUCCAGAUUUUAAAAAUGGUUUGAUAAAAAAAUGGACUAUACCUAUAACUCCUAGAACUAUAACUACUUUAUUAAGCUGCAGUGGUUAUGAUGCUUUAAGUACCCUUUUAAUUUUGUACUGCUGGUCACCCAAAAAAUUUGAGAUAUGGAAGAUACUAACUGUUCCUAUGUAUUACAGCCCCAAUGCAGCCAGCAGUCGAGAUGGACUGGACAACGAGACAGUCACAGACUCUGUAGUGAGUCACAGGAGGGACCGACACAGACGGAAGAACAGAGAGACUCAUGAUGAUG